AUUCAUGAAAGAAUCCUGAAAAAAAAAAUCACAGGUUCCAAAAAAUAUUUGGCAGCACAACUGUUGAUAUUAUCCAACACUGAUCAUUCUAAUAAUAAAUCCGCAUAUUAGAAUGAUUUCUGAAGGAUCAUGUGACACUUAAGACUGGAGUAACAGCUGAUAAAAAUUCAGCUUUUCAUCACAGGAAUAAAUUCUAUUUUAAAGUAUGUUAAAAUAAAAAACAUUAUUUUAUAUUGUAAAAACAUUUUGCAAUAUUACUGUUUUUUUUUUCUAUAUUUUUAAUCAAAUAAAUGCAGCCUUGAUGAGCAUAAGAGACUUCUUUAAAGACUAUUACAAGUCUUACUGACCCCAAACUUUUGAACAGUAGUGUAUAUAUAUGUAAUUCUAAACAUUUUACAGUAUUUUAAAACACCAAAUAUAAAUAUAAUUUUUCCUGUCCCCAGGAUUACUUAUGUAAUGGCUGAUUUUAGGUUAAAAUGUCCACUCUGUUAGUGUCCACCCCAUUAAGUCAGAAAACCUAACAGGGUGGACACAUUUAGUACGUGGAUCCUUAAAUUUAUAUAUAAGAUGGACCGAAAUUAUUUUUCACGUUUUACAUCUCCCUAUCAUAAUUACACAAGAAUUGAUUUUAUAAAAAUGUUUAAUUUUUAAGUUUUAAGAUGUCCAAAAGGCACCCAAGACAGGGUGGACAUGGAAAAUUGUGAUAUUUGGUGGUUUAAAAUGCUGUAACAUGUUUAAAAUUGUAAUAAAUAAAUAAAUAAUUCUAGAGAAUUAAAUAUGCUUAAAGGUCAAAACUGAUGUUGUUGAAAAUUCUAAGGCAAUAACAUCAUUAUCUUUACUGGGGACUCAAAAGGCAAUGAGUCCCGGUAAUGACCCAUAAAUGACCCAUAAAUACAAAUGCACAUAAGCAGCAACAACAAAAACACUGCAGGUUAAUGGCUUCUUUAAACACGACUAUAUUCAUAAUAGAAUGUGUUAGUAAUAUCCCCACCUUUCUGCCAAAAUACGAUAAUUACAGUUUAUCUGAUUACAGUUAAUCCUUCAUGAGUGUUGGUGAUUUACGGAUUUAAACUGGAUCGUUUAUAAACAGCGUUUCUCCUGUUUUACACAUCAGGGCUGUUGGGAAUGUCAGCGCUGUUUAUAAGGGUUUUAAGCUAGUAUAAACCAGUAGGUCGUGGUUUGCAUCGGAGAUCUCGCCUCGAAUGCUUCCUGCUGGAUCUCACAGCUCUGGUUAAUAACACACGCGUGAGACCGGUCAGUCUCUUCCUCUGAGCUCGCGCUGCGCUUUCUUCCGGUUCAAGGGGGCUGUGCGGUUUCAUUCCGCUUUUGCCGUAUAAGUGCUUCUCAUACACAACAGAAAUGGCAGCGCUCAUCUGAAACCAGUGCGAUCGCUAGUAAACUUAAGUCUCACGUUAGAAAAAAAAAACUUGCAAAAUGCGACCGACUAGUCACAGUCUGGAGCUCUGCCAUUUUCAAAGAACUUGUAAUACUGGUUUAAUUUCUAAUCUGUCAUCGAAACCUACACUUGUGGAUCGUAGUUGUUUUAGCAAAACAAAAGACAGGACAGAACACUUACAGCGUUUUGUAAACAAACUGAUCGUAAGUAAAAACUUAGUUCUGUUGAUUUGAGUAAAAGAUAUUUAAAGUUACAUUUGGCUUGAGGUUGUACGAUGAAAUUAACCAAGACAAAAGCCAACUUCCUCUUCACACUGAUUCUGGUAUUUCUCACUAUGUCAGUACAAGCAGAAGUUUCACAAGCUCUUUCAGCUUCUCGUGAUGAUGAAGUGAGGAUCCUGAUAGUGGGAAUUAGAGGUCAGUCCAAAUUCAGCGCUGCAGAUCUUCUGUCAGGAAGGGAAGACGGUGGACAGGAGGACAGAGAUAUUGUAAAGACAACGGUAAUUACAGACGAGGGUCAUAGAAUGAUGCUGGUCACUGGACCAAACCUCUGUGAGGAGGACACAGCGAGACAGACCUUCACAAAAGCGCUGCUCGUCUCAUCUCCUGGACCUCACGUUGUUUUAAUGGUCCUGAAUCUGGAAGAUCAACAAUCACAACAGUGUGAUAUUGUGAAACGAGCCCAGGAGCUGCUGGGAGAAGAGGUCCUGAAGUACUGCAUUGUUCUUCUGCUCCAAAAUCACCAGGAACAUUUCACAGGAGCGUCCAGAGAAAUGAUCAACGCGUGCGGAGGAAGAUUUCACGUGAUGGGAGACUCUAAACCAAAACCUGCUCAAACUGCAGCUCUCGUAGCGGAAAUAGACAAGUUAGUUUGGCUCAACGCUCACAGAUUUUACUCGGUGUUGACACAAGAGUUAGACACCAGUCAAGAAAAACAUGACAAUUCAGGAGAAACUGCACGGUGGAUUUUUCUCAUUUUACUAAACGCAGCUUUUAUCUUCGCUAAAAUAAGGCAUGAACAUUUUCAUUUUGUGGAAAUCCUGUUUGUACUUGUUAGUUUUACAAUCACUUUAAGAAACAUUCUCAGUCCGGAUGCUGCCGUUCCUUUAAAUCUGAUCCUAUCCUCCACUUUUGCAAUAGGCGCUGCAUAUCAUGACUUUGCAAAUUCACGACACGGACACCAAAUCAUAAUGUUCUUAGUCAUGAUCUUUACAUUUCCCAGUAUAGUGUUCAUAGCAGGUUUAGGACUGACUCUGGGAACAGUUCUCAGUAUACGAACAUGGUCAGAUGUGCUCAUAGCGUGCCAUGCUGCUCCUGGCAUCGCAUUCGGAGCUCAUUUAUACACUGUUUACUCUAUUAUACCAGAUCAGUUGCAAGCUCAUACAACUCUAAUGUUUGCAUUCAAGUUAUUCCUGUUUUGUUUUGUUGGAGUGACGCUGUCAAUGGGGCUUGUUACUGUGUUUGCUCUGUUUAGUGUGCAAACAGGAAUAUUUCUGCUAAUAUUAGGAUUUACAAAAGCGUAUUUCCAUUUAAAAAGUGAUGCUGUGAGAAUUGUUAUUUGUUUCCUGGUUUUUCCAUGCUGUUGUGUAUUUAUUGGUUCUUUAAUUUCCUUUUUAUGCAGUACAUUAUUUCAUUUUGUUUUUAGAGUAAUUUGAAGCUGGUAAUAGAGACAAUCAUAAAAUACU